UGCCUCCGCCAUGGGGAGCACACCAAGGACAAGCUUGUUCUAUUUGACCAUAGUCUCUCUUGUCUUCACCUUAUCUUCACCUGCUGCAGAUAUUCAGAUCAGAUUAGCUGGGUCUGGGUCUACUCGGUGCUCUGGAAGGGUUGAACUCUUUCACAACAACACCUGGGGAACAGUCUGUGAUGACGACUGGGACUUGAACGAUGCUAUGGUGGUGUGCAGACAGUUGGGCUGUGGUACAGCACUGAGUGCACCUCUGUCGGCCCUCUUUGGUCCAGGAACUGACCCCAUCUGGCUUGACGAUGUGGACUGUUCAGGAAGUGAGAGGUCUCUAACUGAGUGUCAGCACGGAGGAUUUGGGACACAUGACUGUGGACACGAUGAGGACGCUGGUGUGGUCUGUUCAGACAUUCAGAUCAGAUUAGCUGGGUCUGGGUCCACUGGGUGCUCUGGAAGGGUUGAACUCUUUCACAACAACACCUGGGGAACAGUCUGUGAUGACGGAUGGGACUUGAACGAUGCUAUGGUGGUGUGCAGACAGUUGAGCUGUGGUACAGCACUGAGUGCACCUCAGUCGGCCCUCUUUGGUCCAGGAACUGACCCCAUCUGGCUUGAUGAUGUGGCCUGUUCAGGAAGUGAGAGGUUUCUAAACGAGUGUCAGCACGCAGGAUUUGGGACACAUAACUGUGGACACGAUGAGGACGCUGGUGUGGUCUGUUCAGGCAUGCAGAUCAGAUUAUCUAUGUCUGCUUUGUGCUCUGGAAGAGUUGAAAUCUAUCACAACAAUACCUGGGGAACAGUCUGUGAUGACGACUGGGACAUGAACGAUGCUAUGGUGGUGUGCAGACAGUUGGGCUGUGGUACAGCACUGAGUGCACCUCUGUCGGCCCUCUUUGGUCCAGGAACUGACCCCAUCUGGCUUGACGAUGUGGACUGUUCAGGAAGUGAGAGGUCUCUAACUGAGUGUCAGCACGCAGGAUUUGGGACACAUGACUGUAACCACAGUGAGGACGCUGGUGUGGUCUGUUCAGGGCCUUUGUUGGUGCUGGUCCUCUCAGUAGCUGCUGGGAUCCUGCUGCUCCUGCUGGCCCUGGUGGUGGUGGUCUGUCUGGUCUGCAGGAGAAGACAACCAGCCAAGCAGCCUGAAAUCCUCAUCCAAACCCAAUUGAUGGUCAGGAACAAUGAUGAAGACACAGACGGGAAACAGACAGAGCAGGCAGGAGGAGUGGAGGAUGAAGAUGGCGAUGAUCAUGAUUAUGUGGAAGUGGAGACUGAAGACAAUUAUGUAGUGGCUGUAGAGAUUUGUGUUAGAGAAGUAACCAGUGAUGAUGACUAUGUAAAUGUAACCACGUUGUUUAAUGAACAAACUGUGUACAUUGAUGAAGAGCAUGAGGAUGUUUAUGAAAACUGUUAAAAGUGUCACAUUGAUUACUGUGGGUAAAUCAACUUCUGAGCCACUGUCAAUUUUUUUAGCUUUCGAAUUUGCAUUGAAUCGAUAAUUUUGAAGAAUUGCAGAACCUGGAAAACAAAAAAAAAUUGUAAUGCAGACUAAUAUUAGCAGUUUGAAGUUGAUUCUUUAUUGCAUUGGCAGUACUGAAUACAUAAACCAGUUUCUCAGAAUCAGCUUGAGAUUAGAAUUAAGUUAUUCAAAGGUGUUCUAAUUAUUUAACUGACGUUUAAAGUCGAUGUGCCUCUCCACUAAAAGUAGGAUUUGCAUAUCUUCACUGUGAUGUUUGAGCUUCACUGUGCAGGAUGCUGUAUAUGCAGAGUUUGUCUUCACAUUCAUCUGCUGAAGACCGAAAGAUUCUCUGUGCUCUCCUUAAACUUGAGUUUAAUACGUAUACCAGCAGGAUUUUGUGACAUCACAAGUAGUUUGGAAGCCAGCCAUGGUCUCGAAUGCAAACUGCACAAACCUCCAGGUCACACUGAGAAUGGACUUUUCAGUGAAGAUGGAGACCAGCAGUUAGCCUUCUGAAAUGAAAAAUACCCACAUAUUCAUAGAUUCUGAAUUUUUCGAUCAAGGAGGAGAUGUAAAUGUAAUUUUGAGAAUUUGCAAAGACAAGUUUUUUGUGGAAAACCAUAGCGGACAUUUAUCAUUGUAGGGAUUUUCAAUAUCUUCAAAUAUCUUUAUAUACAGUAUGUGCCAACGUGUAAAAUAAAUCCUUCCUGGCAGUAUCAUUAGCUGUUUAUACAAGUUCAGACCUAUGAAACUAGAACUAGUUUACAUGAUUUAGACCACAAAAAGAAAGAAAUGUACAACAUUGACAUUAUAUGAAUGAUAGGAUAUAUUGUUUAUAUGUUACCAACUGGGAACAUAGA